AUGAGCAAAAAGUUCAAGUCCCAAGCGUCGAGUAGCCGGGCCGCGGCCGGAGCCUUUGGUUCUUUUGGGAGUUUCUCAGGUGCCUUUUCGACCCAGGGAAGGGAGCCGUCUUCCUUGACCUACGUCGCCGAGCCCCCGGACUUGUCGCGCAUAUCGGAGCCACAGUUGGCAAUCGCAUUCAAGAAUUUUCUGAAAAAGGACGAGGUUACAAGGACGCGAGCAUUAGAUGAGCUGAGGGAUUUUGUUUCGGGUGUAGAAAGCAGCGGUGGCACUCUCGAUGACGGAUUCCUGGAAGCCUGGGUAAAAAUAUACCCCCGGGCGUCGAUCGAUCUCUCUCGUAGAGUGAGGCAAACGGCGUAUACUAUUCAAGGAUCGGUGUCAUCGUUGGUAGGGAAAAGAAUCGCCCGAUUUUUACCCAAAGUAGUCGGCGCAUGGCUUGCAGGCCUGUAUGAUAAUGACAAGCCAGUCCAUCGCUCUGCUCUAGAAUCCUUUACGCGGGUUUUCUCCACGGAUGAAAAGCGAAAAGGCGUGUGGAAGGUCUAUCAGACUUCCAUCCUGGAUUUUGUAGAUGAUGUCAUUCUUCAACAAACUCCGCAGACUUUGAGCGACGAGCGCACCGUCAAGCCCGACGACGCGGAAGCGAAGUCCAUCUAUACGCUCGUGCGCUCGGCAGUGGCCAAGGAGCCUGAAGAGCUCGAUUGGAAACUCGUCAGCGCAGCCUUGAUCGGCAAAUCACUACACGCCUCUCAAUUAGGAUCGUCCUCAGAUUUGUCCGAAUCCCUACUUCAGGCCACAUCUGCAAGGCCUCAAUUAUGGACGGACGAUUAUUCCGGCAAAUCUUCUGCAACGAAGAGGCUGCUUCAAUACAUGCAAAAGGGUUCUCAAGGCGGCGCGGGCUCCUUCUGGCCAAACCUACACCAGCUACUUCUGAUAAUUCCGGUACAGACAUUGGCAAACGGCGAAUCGCAGAUUGGGUUUACAGGGGCAAUUGCCUUAACCGAGGCAUUCCAAGAAGGGCUGACAUCGAGAGACGAGCCCCGACAAAACCACGCCGUUGCCUGGAAGGCUUACGUUGAUACCGGGAUGUGGCUUGUAGAGCGACUACCUGCUGAGGAGAAGACAAAGUUCCUGCAAGAACGAUUGUCUCCUCUAUUGGCGCAAUAUGCCAAGCCUGAACUAGAUCGGUCGAAGUGGUCACUUCCAGCUUUGUCCGCUAAGAACAUCACCAUUGAUUAUCUUGAAGGACUGCUGGCUCACGGCCAGGCUGGUGAAGUGGAAAGGGUGUGGACUGAACUGACAGAUGGCCUACUUGAGGCCGUCAAGCUAUCUUCCCCGGAGCAAUCGAAGGACUUCAACGUGUCGCAGGACGAAGUGUGUUCUCAGGCCGAACGUCUUUUAGUUCUAGAGGCGUUGGUGCUUUCGCGGGUAGCCGGAACGGAUGGCGAGACUCAAAUGCUAGGUAUAUUCGAGAAGACGAAUUCGCCGUUACUUGAAAGCUGCAUCCAGGUCCUUCAGACCCGCAACGGCAAGCCCUACGGAGCGGCCGCGGUGGUUGAAGGCAUGGUCAAUAACGUCGCGCAGAUCGCUCAACGUUCUCAAGCUUUGGUAGAAUUCGUCAAGAAUGACGCCCCGGAGCUUCUGUCGUCGCCAUCUGCCGAUCGUCUGAUUUCCAUAAUCUUGACUUGUCGGUUUUGGGACGGCUUUGGCGAGAGCUUCGGCAAGAUCAUUGAGCAAGUGGCGAAGUCCGAACCGGAGUCGUCCAACGCACACGCUGUUCAGAAAUUGCUCUCCACCCUCAAUUUCAAAGAGGUGGACGGGAAAAGUGUGCUUGGUUCAUUGAUCAUGCGAGCCCUAGACCAAGCCUGUAAGGGUAGCAGCCUGCAUUGGUCGAUUGUUAUCGCUGUUCUACAGAACCAGUCUUCUCAUGGAGAACUUACGGACUCAAUCUUCUUAUCGCUUAUCGAUGCCCUAUCCGAUGAGAACAAAGCUUUGGAUACACUUCACGGUCUCUCCCAAAUUGCUACUUCCGUCCCGACUGCUCUUCGGGGCUUCCAAAGUGGCUCGCAUGGCUCCAAAUUGACCGGAAAACUGCACUUCCUCGCUGAAUCGCCGUCGGAAGAAGUUGCGGAUGUUUCAGAAUCUUUGAUCAAGACGUUGAAAAAGACAGUAGUCGGCGAAACAAGCGCCCGGUCAAGCGUCGAGAUUCUCCAGCACAAUUUUGAACUUGUCAAUGCUGAGUCGCUUUCGAUUGAAUCUCUCUUGAGUAUAGCUGAAGAGCUACUACACAGUACCAAACCCGAGGAUAUUGGUUCCGUGGCAAAGGAGAUUUUACCAGGACGUGAGACCUGGGAAAAGGCUCUUGGCCCCUUCCUUGAGCUUCCCCCCCGGUCAUCGACUGCUAUCACUAGCCCCCUUGGCGGCACGGUCCAUCUCAUUAACCGACAACUGGCCGCUGAUUUCGGGGAGCGUUAUGAAGCUGUCCCGCGCGACUCGAGCCACUGUUCGUCCGCAUUUAGAUUGGCCUAUUUCACCACCAAAGUACUCUCCUUAUUUGACCUCGCCGGGCAUCUCGGCACGGAUGAGCUUGAAACCCUUUUCCAUAAUCUCCCCCUCGCAGUGCAGUUAGUUGAUGAUGAUCUCAGCAUUGAGAACUCCAAUGGCAUAACGGGCCUUACGCUUCCCGAGCAGCGAGAGGAGUACAUGGAGGUUGUCAAUGAUGGCCGAAAGGUAAUCAGCGGGUGGGUCCACUCUAAAGACACUCUUGCCACAACGAUCACCUCUUUCUGGGAAAGGAAGCUUGAGGGGCUCCAAAGUACUUCUCCGUCGGACUACCGGAUCGGAGAAUCUUUCGUGAAAAUUCUGGGCAGUGUGGAUUCGUCGAACAAAUCCAAGACUCCGGAAGAACUUACAGAACUAUGUAAAAGCGUUCGGACAGCCAACGCCGUUCGUACUGCAUCGUGGAUGUCUCUGUUACGUCAAUCGAUUCUCUCUAUGCCGGCCGGGACACGACUCUGCAAUGAACUCGUUGCGGACUCUACAGGCCUAAAGCCCGAAGACGAGAAGAAGGACGGCCUGCGGAAACUGUCGUUGCUCAACCUUCUCCUGGCAGGUGAUGAGAGCGUAGCUGCAUCCAUCCCAACGCAGAGGUUGAUGUUCCUCCUCAAGCAUCUCAUUCAGUGUCUUCAGUCUGAGAGUGCGCCUCUGAGCGUCAAGGCCGAGAUUUUGCAGAGUUUGACAUACGUCUUGCCUUGCAUUCACGAGAUGUAUGGUUCUCACUGGGAGGAAAGCAUGGAUGUCCUCAGCGCGAUUUGGCAAGACAUCAGUGGCGGUGAUGAAGCCUUGCCGUUGCUCCUGGCCUCUUUCCGACUACUUGCUUCUUUGAAAUCAAUUGUGGAUAAUGAAGAGAGUAAUGAUGACGUAAAGGAUGCUUGGGCGGAUCGCAAGGCAGUGUUAUUCAACCGAUUAACUUCAACGCUGCACAAAUUUGAUUCUUCGACUACUUUCUAUCAACCUCGCGAUGUCGCCGUCGACCGCCUCAGCCGCCUGCUCAAUGUUCUUCCUACCGACAGUCUUGAGGAUGUGAGCAAAGUUUUCCCGCUUUUGACCGCGCAUAGUGGCACCGUCCAGCGGGCCGCCUACACCAUUCUCCACCGGUAUAUCCCGAGCGUUCAAGAACAAAUUUCCUUUGACGUGGCGUUAUCCAAGACGACCGUCAGACUUCCCGACGAACUCAUGUCUCUGCUACUCGAAGCUCCCACGAUGGCAUCUGUCAAUCUUGCCUAUGGCGAUGACCGGACUUGGGCUGAUAUACGGUCAUAUCUUCUGAGCUGGAAGGUUGUGUUUGACCAUUUUACCAAUGCAUCUCUCACUGUCCAAGAAAACUACGUGACUAGCAUCAAGGAAAACGACACGCUGGCGCCGUUGCUGGAAUUCAUGUUUGACUUCCUCCAGGGCUCCCACGGAAAGAUGCUAGAUGCGUCUAAGUUUGACAUUCGGUCCUUCAAGCUGGAUCAGUCGGAGACCUACGAGAGAGAAACCCAGUGGCUUCUUGUCCAUCUGUACUUCUUGUGUCUGAGGCACGUGGCUAACAUGACCAAGAAUUGGUGGAUUGACACGAAGAAGCGCAUCAAGGGGCCGGUGGAGGCGUGGACCGAGAAACAUGUCUCGCCCCUGGUCAUCGUAGAUGCACUUCAGGGCAUCACGGAUUGGAUGUCGACGCAGGACCCCAACGAAGAGCGCGCACUGGCGGUUAAGAUUUCUCCCAAGACAGCCGAGAUCAUUGCCAGCAUUCCGGUCGACGAAGAGUCGCCUCCCGUCUCCCUGUCUAUCUCGCUUCCUCCGGCUUACCCCCUGCAGCCCGCCGUGGUUGUGGGUCGCAGCCGCGUGCUGGUCGACGAGAAGAAGUGGAAGAACUGGCUUCUGACGAUCCAGGGAGUGAUCAUGUUUGCGAACGGCAGCCUGGUGGAUGGGCUGUUGGCGUUCCGCAAGAACGUGCAGGGCGCAUUGAAGGGACAGAGCGAGUGUGCGAUUUGCUACUCGGUGAUUUCGACGGACAUGCAGACGCCGAACAAGCGAUGCGCGACCUGCAAGAACACGUUCCACUCGCCCGACAGGUGGGGUAACGUGACCCCACUUGUCCAGCAACCAUCCCGCCGCGUCUCGCUUGCUUUCUCGGAGCUUCCUCUCGUAAACAUGUCGGCCUCGCAGAUCCCCAAUCUCAACACUCUCCGAAGAGGCGGCGGACGGGGUCGUUUACGCGGUCGAGGCGGUCUCGCUGGCGGCCCUCCUUCUCGCGGGAGCAAAGAUCGAGUGGUUCAAGGCACCGACCAUGAUGCCAGCGUCUCCCGGCUGAGCGCCGUGGGAUUAGGAUACCUGGAAGAUCCAUUUGCUAGGGCAUUAACGCCCCCCGAUUUAAAGACACGACGGCUGCCCAUUAUUAACAGAGGCACCUACGUCCGCACCGCCGCGAUCGACCAACUUGUCCAUCGAUUCCUCACUCAACCAUCUACCCCUCACCAGAAGAGUAAAAAACAGAUCAUUUCGCUCGGAGCCGGCUCCGACACGCGUGCCUUUCGACUCCUACCCUCACACCCAGACCUGAUCUAUCACGAGAUCGACUUCGCCGUCAACACAGCCGCCAAGAUCCGGCUGAUUCGCGCGGCGCCUCACCUCCAGCGCGCAGUGGGGAUAAUCGGGCGGUCGGCGCCGGAAAGCGCGAAGGUCGAGAUCUCGGAAAGCGGGGAUGCGCUGCAUACGGAGACGUAUCACUUGCAUGCGUUGGACUUGCGGUGGUUGAGGCCCCAGGCGAAAUCGAACCCCAACCCAAACACAACCACAGCCACAAACCUACCAGGGCAGGAAGACCGCGGGGAUAAUGGCACCGACGACCCACGGGCCUUGUUACGCGACGUCGAUCCCACGCUCCCUACGCUUCUCAUCUCCGAAUGCUGUCUCAUCUACCUCACACCCAGCGAGGCUACAGACGUAGUCAACUUCUUCACGCAGACGCUGUUCCCGGCAGCGACAGGUGACCAGGACGGCGGUGCCCCUCUUGGCCUCAUCCUGUACGAGCCAAUCCGACCGCACGACGCCUUCGGACGUACGAUGGUCUCCAACCUGGCGACGCGCGCCAUCCAGCUGCAGACGCUGCACCAGUACGCGACGUUAGAAUCGCAGCGGCAACGGCUGCGCGACCAGGGGUUCGCGCACGGGCAGGCGGCGGCGGAUGUGCAUUUCAUCUGGGAGCGGUGGGUAGACGAGACGGAGAAGGAACGGGUGGCGGGCCUGGAGAUGCUGGACGAGAUGGAGGAGUGGAAUCUGCUGGCGCAGCAUUAUUGCGUCGCUUGGGGUUGGCGGGACGGAGUGGUCGGUGGGGGAGGGUUUGAGGGGUGGAAGGAUUUUGACAGCCAGCAGGAGGGACUUGGCAGGGCAGGGCAACCAGUUAAGCCAGUCAGCAGUUAG